UCGCUCCCACUCAUUCCUUCCAACUCCAUGAUCAUAAGUUUGGAGAAGAUUCCACCCCCUUUCCUCUUCCUCUAUAAACACCCUUAGAGGAUCAUCUCUCUUUCAUAUCCUCCAUCUCUAUCUCUGUAAACACCCUUAGAGGAUCAUCUCUCUUUCAUAUCCUCCAUCUCUAUUUGUGUAAACACCCUUAGGGGAUCAUCUCUCUCUCACAUAAACCUCAAAAAGAUGGCUAGGACUUGCAUGGCUAGAGCGGCGGUUUCUCUCCUCCUCUUUGUGGCGGCCGCGGUGCCGAUCAUGGCCGUUGACUACACUGUAGGGGACAGCGCUGGCUGGACCACCAACUUCGACUAUACAACUUGGGCUUCAGGCAAGACAUUCGCCACUGGUGAUAACCUAGUGUUUAACUUUGGCUCAUCGCACACCUUGGACGUGGUUGACUCAUCCGGCUACAAUGGCUGCUCGGCAAGCAACGCCCUCACCACCUUCUCGACCGGCCCCGUCACCUAUAACCUGAAAACCACAGGAACUCACUACUUCAUAUGUGGAGUACCAGGCCACUGCAGCAAUGACAUGAAGCUUAGUGUUGCAGUCUCCGGCUCGUCUUCAGGCUCACCACCCUCUUCUUCGGCCCCUACCACCCCUUCUGGCUCUCCACCCUCAACCACCACCGGCUCUCCUCCGCCUCCGUCUUCAACCACCACCACCCCUUCCUCAGCUGCUGCAAUUUCUCUCUCCACCGCUCUCUUUGGUGCAGUGGUUGCUGUCUUAGCAGCCCUUUCUUGAGAGUCGGAGCCAGGGCAGAGCCAGUGCUUUUUCCACUUUUCCACCAGGUUAUUUGAUUUGUUUGUCGAUUGUUUUAGGGUUUUCUUGGUAGUGGGUUUCGAACCCUUGAUGUUGUCAUCUGGUUUCUUGGGAGCCUAAUAAUUGAACCAGGUGGUGGAUCCUAUCGUUUGCCUUGGUGUCUUUCUUUCUUUUCUUUUCUUUUUCUUGUUUACCUUAUCCUGAUUAGUGGGUGUAAUUAUACGCAUCUAUCCUCAGAUUUUCAGGUUUUUGUUUUUUCAGUC